AAGGUGGGCUAAAUCAGAUGCAGCAUGAAGACACCGAGCUGGACUGCGCGGUUUGACACAGCAUCCAUUGGGUGCCUCUUCCUCUCAGAAGGAUGUUGAAAGAAAAAAAAGAAAAGAAAGGAAAAGAGGGAUGUGGCUCAGCGCAUCGUAAGCGGACAGCUCGGAGGGAAGUCUGGAGCGCUUAACGCUGCUGGAUGCGGGUCCUCCGUGUCUCCCUGGGCAGCAGCAGCAUCCCGGGUAGAAAAAUACAGACCUCAAACCCUCGACGAUUUAAUUUCACACAAAGAUAUCCUGAGUACCCUCCAGAGGUUCAUCAGCGAAGACAAGCUUCCCCACCUUUUGUUCUACGGUCCCCCUGGAACAGGCAAAACCUCCACGAUCCUUGCCUGCGCCAGGCAGCUGUACAAGGAUAAAGAGUUCAACUCCAUGGUGUUGGAGCUAAACGCGUCUGACGACAGAGGGAUUGACGUUGUACGAGGUCCCAUUCUGAGCUUUGCUAGUACCAGGACUAUUUUUAAGAAAGGCUUCAAGUUGGUGAUUCUGGACGAGGCCGAUGCCAUGACCCAGGAUGCCCAGAAUGCACUGCGCCGAGUGAUUGAGAAGUUCACAGAAAACACUCGAUUCUGCCUCAUCUGUAACUACCUGUCGAAGAUCAUCCCCGCUCUGCAGUCUCGCUGCACCAGGUUCCGCUUCGGCCCGCUCUCUCCCGACCAGAUGGUCCCCCGACUGGAGCACGUUAUCCAGCAGGAGAACGUUGAAGUGACUCCAGAUGGAAUGAAGGCCAUUGUGACGUUAUCAUCUGGUGAUAUGAGAAGAUCGCUCAACAUUCUGCAGAGCACCAGCAUGGCGUACGGGAAGGUCACGGAGGACACGGUGUACACCUGUACGGGCCAGCCCCUUCGCUCAGACAUCGCCAACAUCCUGGACUGGUGCCUCAACAAAGACUUCAACACUGCUUACAACCAAAUCCUGCAGCUGAAGACUCUGAAGGGUCUGGCUCUACACGACAUCCUCACUGAGGUGCAUCUUCUCGUUCACAGAGUGGACUUCCCUCCAGCUAUCCGGAUCACCCUGCUCACCAAGUUGGCCGACAUCGAGCAUCGGCUGGCGUCGGGAACCAACGAGAAGAUCCAGCUAAGCUCCAUGGUUGCGGCGUUCCAGGCAGUCCGAGACCUGGUGGUCAGUGAAGCCUCCUAAGAGAAAAGCGGUGUUCCGUUCUUUUCCACAACAAAAGGAGAACGAAUCGUGAAAACCUCAAAGUUCCUGAAUUCUCGCUGGAGAAGAGUGUUGUGCUGACCAGGAGGAUGAACGGGUCCAGGUCUCUGCUGCAAGUGCUCCCACCGCGAUGACUUCACUGUGCAGCACGUGGUCCGGGGCAACGCCCGAAAAUAAAGCUCUGCAGCAUGUAAAUGUGUGUUUAUCUGUUUAAUAAAACCUUUUUAAAUAGAA